CUCAGCUCUUAACAACGCCACUCUGGCCACACGUGACAGGCUCACCCAGAGCCUCCAGCAAACGCCUCCUUUUCCCACCCCACCCCCCGGGGACUGACCUGGGGCCUGAGCUUAACCACCCCAGACAGAGCGACCUUCCUGGGCAGGCUCCAGAGAGCCCGACCUGGGCUAUGGAGCUGAGGGGCGCGUUGUCCUGGGCAUGCUGCCUGGUGAGCAGCUUGUAUUUAUGUUCUGCCUUUGUUCUCCCAGUCGGGAACUCUGCCCCUGCGGCCCGAAUUCAAGACCCUGCGGUUGGACAGUUUUGGCAUGUGACUGACUUACACCUAGACCCUACAUACCACAUCACUGAGGACCAUACAAAAGUAUGUUCAUCUUCCAAGGGGGCAAAUGCUUCCAACCCUGGUCCUUUUGGAGACUUUCUAUGUGAUUCUCCAUACCAGCUCAUUUUAUCAGCAUUUAAUUUCAUUAAGAGUUCUGGACAACAAGCAUCUUUCAUGAUAUGGACUGGGGAUAGCCCUCCUCAUGUUCCAGUAAAGGAACUCUCCACAGAUAUAGUAAUAAAUGUCAUUGGCAAUAUGACAACCACCAUCCAAAGCCUCUUUCCCAAUUUCCAGGUUUUUCCUGCUUUGGGCAAUCAUGACUACUGGCCUCAGGACCAACUACCUAUAUCCACCAGCAAAGUAUACGAAGCUGUAGCAAACUUCUGGAAACCGUGGUUAACUGAGGAAUCCAUCCGUACUUUGAGGACAGGUGGCUUCUAUUCACAGACCGUUCCAUCCCAUCUGAGCCGUCAGUCCCUCAGGAUCAUCAGUCUAAACACAAACUUGUACUAUAGCCCCAAUGCUGUCACUCUUAACAAGACUGACCCUGCAAAUCAGUUUGAGUGGCUGGAGAACACGCUAAAGAGCUCUCGGCAAAAUAAAGAAAAGGUAUAUGUGAUAGCCCAUGUACCAGUGGGAUAUCUACCAUGUUCAAGAGAUGUAACUGCUAUGAGAGAAUAUUACAAUGAGAAACUGAUUGGUAUUUUCCACAACUACAGUGAUGUUAUUGCAGGACAAUUUUAUGGACACACUCACAGGGAUAGCAUUAUGGUCCUUUCAGAUAGAAAAGGGAAUCCAGUCAAUUCCUUGUUUGUGGCUCCUGCUGUGACACCAGUGAAAAAUGUUUUAGAAAAACAAACCAACAACCCUGGAGUCAGACUGUUUCAGUAUGAUCUUCAUGAUUAUCAAUUGCUGGAUAUUUGGCAGUAUUAUUUAAACCUCACAGAGGCUAACAUGAAAGAAGAACCCAGCUGGAAAUUGGAGUACAUCUUGACAAAGGCUUAUGGCAUUGAAGACUUGCAGCCUAAAAAUUUAUAUGGGUUAGCUAAGCAAUUUGCAGUCUUAGAUAGUAAACUGUUCUUAACAUACUACAAGUAUUUCUUUGUGAGUUAUGACAGCAAUAUAAUUUGCAGUAGAGAAUGUAAGACCUAUCAGAUCUGUGCAAUUAUGAAUCUUGACCAGAUAUCCUAUACAGACUGCCUCAAGCAAUAUGGCCUCUAGCAUAGGCAGUAGUUAUUUCUCCAUUAAAAUUUUUAAAAAAAGAGAAAAUAUUCUAUUUCUCAUUGAUCUAUUUAUAGGAAUUUAUGUAAAUUCUUUUGUGAAUUACUGUGUCAGUUAAAUGGAAGUCUUUUCCUCUUUAAUUAUGCCCAAUUGCAGAUAUUUGUUUAACAUUCUGAUUUUUUGAUAUUGUUGAACAAUGUUUAUAUAGGCCAGUAUUCAGUGGCUUUUAGAUAUGAAUUCUCAUUUCCAUGGCUGUGUAAUUAUUUCCAGACUAGAGGAACUUGUCAUUUACACAGCAAAACAAAUGACCACUUCUUGAGUGAAACCACAUGUCCUAUUUUAGUGUCUUUCAAUUCAGGUGUUAUAAAUAAUUUUAUUAUACAAAAAUAUUAAAAAACUGGAUAAUGUAGAAUUUGAUAAAGUUGCAUAAAUCAGAUUCUAGAGCACUAGCCUGCAAAAUGGAAAUGUGAAAUCUAUUUUUAUCUUUACAUAUGGUUGGCCUUAGGUAAAGCUACUGAAUCUAUUUGUCCCAGUUUCUCCAUCUGCAACUAUAUCCUAUGAUAAUUGGGCGUGUAAUAUAAUUCACCUUACCCUCUAUGGGAAAUACAGCCAUAUGUAGCAUUUUUGUGUUUGGGGAUUGGUGGAAAGAAUUUCAUCCAUACUUCUUCCAUCUGUACCACACACCUAGUGUAUCUACUCUAUGCAUGUUAGAAUUUGGGGGAAAGAAAGGCUCUCAAAGGGAUCGUGUUAGGAACAUAAAAAUGAGAUCUCACAUGAGAAGAGAAAAAAAAUGUGUUCUUACAGUGGGUGGGGGCUAUAUUUACCUUUUUUUGGUCUGUAUUCUCUUAACUAGACCACAGGUUACUGCCUCAUUUAAUGUUCUCUUCCCCUGUUGGGUAUAGUUGUACCUGAAAGGGAAUAAGGGUAGGUCUAAUUUCUUUGUAGAGCCAUGAGAAAACUAAGCCAGUACCUUUAUAAAAACCAAAGAGAAGAAUUAUGUUCAAGCAUCUUUAAAGUCUUGACUUGAUGGUUUAAGAGGUUCUAUAAAUACAAAAUGUUCUUACAAUAAAACAAAGUUAUCAUGAUUUCUACUGGACUGAAAACAUAAAGGUCCUAACCUGGAUCCCAUGAAUAUAAAAAACAAUGCACUUGCUACUCAUUAAGUAAGAGGUUUUUGUUUUGCUGUGGUUUUUUAAAAGUGAAAUUUAUUGUGUUUUGCAAUGAGAAUGCUGAAAAAUAUUUCAUUCUAAUCAUCUAUAUGUAUACCAUGGGUAAAUCACUUUAUUAUACAUGCCUCCAACUGUAAAAAGUGGCAUUCAGGUGUUGUGCAAUAUUGCUUUUAUUACUGAAUGAUGGUAUUCUAAUAUUAUGAAUGUAUCAACUGCUUUAUAAAUUUUUAUUUCCACUAAGAAAAUUGGAACAUGCAAUUUAAAUAAAUUUUUGUAGAAGAUCUAGGACCAUUUUGAUUAGCAUUUAGAUAAUUUUUUCAUUCUUAAAAAGCAGUUGGCAAUUAUAGUGCCUGUUUUUAUUAUUCAUUUCAGGUUGUGUCCAAAUAUACAAUAAAU